GUAUUUUCAAGUCGACCCGAACAUGUCAAGCACUUUUAUAGAUUUGUCUGAUCUAUUUAUUGGUUGAUGGAUUUUGUGUUUUUAAUUGGACAGUCUUUGUAAAGCAAAGCAAAUCAAACAAACCAAAUACAACAGAAUACCGAUGCUAAAAUUCCUGAGGAGAAGACUCGCGAUACCCGUAUUCCGGGGGACAAAAAAAGUCUAAUCCCGCCUCAUUGUAUCAAAACAUAACACUGAUUGGAUCGUACAGCCAUCAAGAAAGCAGAUCAACCAAUCACAGCGCUGUUGGUAGAGUUUGCCGGAAUAUGGGUGGGAAGAAGAAGGAGAAGGAAGACACGUCGUCGCGUUACGUUGCGUCACGUCACAGCUAAGCCGAGGCUAGCCGGGCUGCGCGAGCUAAGGCUAAGAGCAGCGCGUCGCUCCGGUCUGCCUGCGUUAAAUAACUUUUCUGGACAGAAGAGAAGUUGAGAGAGUGAAGUCUUUAUCGAGGAGAACUUUCAGAGGUUUAUUCAUCCGAAAUGGGCUCUCUGUUUCGGAGUGAGGAGGUGUGUUUGGCCCAGCUGUUCCUGCAGUCCGGUUCGGCUUAUGAGUGCAUCAGUGAGCUCGGGGAGCUCGGGCUGGUGGAGUUCAGAGAUCUCAACCCGAGCGUUAACGCUUUCCAGCGCAAAUUCGUCAACGAGAUCAAGAGAUCAGAGGAAAUGGAGAGGAUUCUGGGAUAUCUUCUGAGAGAGAUCAAGAAAGCCGACAUCGCUCUGCCUGAGGAUGAAGUGAACCCCGUGGCUCCGCUGCCCAAACAUGUGAUGGGAAUUAUGGAGCAGCUUCAGCGGUUGGAGCUGGAGCUCAGUGAGGUCAUGAGGAACAAAGAGAAGCUGCAGAAGAAUCUUCUGGAACUGACAGAGUAUUCACACAUGCUGCGCAUCACACGCAGCUUCGUCCACCGGACUACAGAGAGAGAGCCGGUGCGGGCUCAGUAUGAAGAGUUUCCUUUCCUGGAGAAAGACUCCGCGAUGGACUACGCCAGCAUGCAGAGACUCGGGGCCAAGCUCGGGUUUAUCUCGGGUCUGAUCUCCAGCGUGAAGAUCGAGGCGUUCGAGCGCAUGCUGUGGAGAGUGUGUAAAGGCUACACCAUCCUCAGCUACGCCGAGGUCGAGGAGAGCCUGGAGGACCCCAACACGGGCGAGCCCACCAGAAGUGCCGUCUUCCUCAUCUCCUACUGGGGAGAUCAGAUCGGACAGAAAGUGAAGAAGAUCUGUGACUGCUACCACUGCCACCUGUACCCCUACCCUAACAGUAACGAGGAGAGGGACGACGUGGUCGAGGGUCUCCGCACGCGCAUCCAGGAUCUGCACACUGUUCUGUACCGGACGGAGGAUUACCUGAGGCAGGUGUUGAACAAAGCCUCGGAGUCCGUGUACACGUGGGUGAUCCAGGUGAAGAAGAUGAAGGCCAUCUAUCAUAUCCUCAAUCUGUGCAGCUUCGACGUCACUAACAAGUGCCUGAUCGCGGAAGUGUGGUGCCCUGUGAACGACCUGCCUGCCCUGCGGAGGGCGCUGGAGGAAGGCUCGAGAAAAAGUGGCGCAACUGUUCCUUCAUUCGUCAAUCGCAUUCCCAGUAAUGACACUCCACCCACGCUCAUAAGGACCAAUAAGUUCACCUCCGGAUUUCAGAAUAUAGUGGACGCUUACGGAGUGGGAUCCUACAGGGAGGUGAACCCAGCUCCAUACACCAUCAUCACGUUCCCCUUCCUGUUUGCUGUGAUGUUCGGAGACCUCGGCCACGGCCUCAUCAUGUCCCUCUUUGCCUUCUGGAUGGUUCUGUAUGAGAAGGACCGCAAACUGAAGAAAACCAGGAACGAGAUCUGGAACAUGUUUUUUGAGGGACGCUACAUCAUCCUGUUGAUGGGUGUUUUCUCGGUGUACACCGGGUUCAUCUAUAACGACUGUUUCUCCAAGUCACUGAACCUGUUCGGCUCCGGAUGGAGCGUCAAAGCCAUGUUCGACCAGAAGCAGUGGCAGAAUAACACGCUACGCUCAAACAGCUUCCUCACCCUGGACCCUAACGUUACGGGGGUGUUUAACGGGCCGUACCCCUUCGGCAUCGACCCGAUUUGGAACCUGGCUUCAAACCGGCUCACGUUCCUCAACUCCUAUAAGAUGAAGAUGUCUGUAAUUUUAGGGAUCAUUCACAUGAGCUUCGGUGUGGUCCUGAGCGCCUAUAACCACCUACACUUCAGGAGGAAGUUCAACCUCUACCUGGUCUUCCUGCCCGAGCUCCUUUUCCUGCUCUGCCUCUUCGGCUACCUGGUCUUCAUGAUCGUCUAUAAGUGGUUGACCUUCACGGCGCGAGACUCCCAGAGAGCUCCCAGCAUCCUUAUCCACUUCAUUAACAUGUUCCUCAUGCAGGGAGGCCCAGGACAGCCUCUCUACACGGGGCAGAUAGGACUGCAGGUGUUCCUGUUACUUGUGGCUCUUCUCAGUGUUCCUGUGCUGUUGUUGGGGAAGCCGCUCUACCUCUACUGGCUCCAUAAAGGCAGGAAUCGAUUUAGCAUGUACAGGGGAUAUGAGCGUGUACGGCGCAGCAGUGAUGAGGAGAUCUCCCUCAUGCGUGCCAGUGAUUUAGAGGAGGGCACCAGCCUGGACAGUCACUCCAGCAGUUCAGAUAGCCAAUCAGAAGAGUUUGAUUUUGCGGAUGUGUUCCUGCACCAGUCAAUACACACUAUUGAAUAUUGCCUGGGCUGCGUCUCCAACACCGCCUCCUACCUCCGACUGUGGGCCCUGAGCCUGGCACAUGCACAGUUGUCAGAGGUGCUGUGGGCGAUGGUGAUGCGUGUCGGCCUGCGUGUGGACAACAGCGUGGGAGUGCUGCUCCUCGUCCCCGUCUUCGGCUUCUUUGCCGUCCUGACCGUCUCCAUCCUGCUGGUGAUGGAGGGACUGUCCGCUUUCCUGCACGCGCUGCGCCUCCACUGGGUGGAGUUUCAGAAUAAAUUCUACAGCGGCUCUGGAACCAAGUUCUCUCCGUUUUCCUUCUCCCUCCUGCACACGAGCUUUGAGAGCGAGGGAUUGCUGUGAACACUGUGACUCGCUUGUUCUUCUGUGAAGAGUGGAGCUUUACAGAAGUGCCAGAGCGAUGUGGAACAGAUCGAGCCUCAACACUGUAUACUGUAUCAUCUCCUUUUAAUGUAUAUAUAUAUAUACACACAGAGUGUUGCACUGACCGCCUUAAAUGUCCAGCCAAAUACUGAGACUGUGAAAGACGUUCCUUCAUGCAGGACGUCAUUUUAAUCACCGCCUUCUGAUGUCGCCCGGCUCUGGAGUUCUGAGAAAAUUUUUUUAAGACUAACGCUUACAGUCUGCAGAUCGUAUCUGUCCCUGGUUAUAGCUAGCUUACACCACAAUAUCUACAACCAUCACAGAGUAGUGAGAAUAAUCACUCAAAUAAUCCUGAAAGCUCUGCAGAAAUUAAUCUCUCUCUCUCUCUCUCUCUGUCUGUCUGCCUGCAUGCCUGUCUCUCUCUCUCUCUCUCUGUCUGCCUGCAUGCCUGUCUCUCUCUCUCUCUCUGUCUGCCUGCAUGCCUGUCUCUCUCUCUCUCUCUCUCUGUCUGCCUGCAUGCCUGUCUCUCUCUCUCUCUCUCUCUGUCUGUCUGCCUGCAUGCCUGUCUCUCUCUCUCUCUCUCUCUCUCUCUGUGUCUCUCUCUGUCUGUCUGUCUGUCUGCCUGCCUGUGUGUCUAUCUCUCUCUCUGUCUCUCUCUCUGUCUUGCUCUAUUUUAUCUGUCUGUCUUUCUGUCUGUCACUCUCUCUCUCACUCUCUUUCCCCCCAUCUCUUUCUCUGUCUGUCUUUCUGUCUCUCUCUCUCUCUCUCUCUCGCCCUCAGUAAUCACUUAAAGGACCCUGAAAGCUCUGCAGAAGUUAAUUUUUUUAAUGAAGUAUAAUUCUUUAUUAAAAUAUUAUGUGUGUAUAUGCGGUCAUUUUUAUCCUCAUGUACACACUUUUGCCGGUGUCCUGCACCUGAUAUUCUCUAUAUCCUCAUGGACACACCUACACAGUGACUAAAUCCCCUCAGUAGUGCACUACGUAGUGAAUAAAGCGCCUUUUUUAGACGUGAAAUCUCAGUCUGGAAGGAACUUUUUUGAAGCCCAGGAGUGGGCGGAGUCUGGGGCGGACACACUGAUGACAUCAGAUGGCGGUGAUUUGUGUAAAAGAAAAAAACUCUUCAGGAACGAAGUUUCUGAAGUCUCUGAAUUCACUCAUUAUCCAAGUCUUAUACAAUGAGAGGCAGAGAUUCUAGCGUAUUCCACGCUCUGGAUGUUUCUCAGAACUUUGCACAUGUGCUGUUCAAAUCUGUGAGAUUAUUUUUAUUUGAUGCUGGAAGGCAAACACACGAUGUUCACACAGUGGAUGCGGAUAAAAUGGUGAGAAACUACAGAUCAGACGCGUACGCUAGCUAAAUUACUGAGUUGGACGUGUUUUGCUAGCAUGUAUGUGGUCAUCAAUACAGACAGUGUAAAGAAAUUGAUGGUGAAAAUGUUCAGAAUAUAAACAUUUUUCUCAGUUAUGUUGAGAAACGACUCCUUUUCGUUUCCACACUUAGCAUCAAGAGCUAACUGAGCUCAACAUGGAGACGUUUUCUUAGUAAGUAAACGUGGAAUUCUUCGUAUUUAACGGAAAAGGCGUGUCGCAUGUUUGCUUUCCUGUGAGGUAAAGCUAUAAGAACACUGUUGCUAAGCAACCGGAGGAUAAUUUAGACCUCGUAUGAAGCAGUGACCAAGUAGAAGACACGGUUUUUCAUAUAGACGUGUGGAGGUGUAACGAGACGAAGGUGAAAACGACACGGACUUCUCAGGAAAAACGUUGAAUUUUACCUCCAAAAAUUCUUAACGAAUUUCAGUGACAAAAAUUACACUUAGCCUAGAGUGCUAAGCAAAGAUUUGCAACAUUAACAGUGAAAAUAUAUACGUCUGUGUUCGGUUAGCACUCGAUGCUGUGUUAUUACAGUGUAAUUACUCAACGUUGUGUGACUUUUUCCCCUCAGAAUAGCGUAGAUACAGUUAUUAAUAGUUUAUAAAACUAUUCUUUGAGCAUUAACAUGAUCUAUGGUUUACACUUAACGAUGUUCAGUAAAACGCAGUUUGGUUAGCUGUCAGCGCUAAGAAGCAUUACGAUGUCAUUUUACUCGUAUUAGUCAUUUUUUUGGUCAUUUUCCGACAUUUCUGAGGUAAAUGUUGACGUUCCUGAGACUUCAGUCUGGUUUUUACGCUCACUUUUCCCUCACAUCGUCUGUUUAAGACGUAUCUAUGUGCUAGCAACCAAGAAUAUUAACAACAGCUGGAUUCAUAGCUAUAGCUAACACGUGUAUGUAUUGCUGUUGCAUAGCAACAGUGUUGUCAGUGAGAGUUUGGAGAGUUUUUCUCCAUGUUGAUAUUCCAAACAAACGUAUCGCAGAUUUCUACGUCACACGUGGCCUGUUGGUCUGAGGCGAACCGCGCAUUCCACAAGUGUCUUUAAGUGUAUUUUUCUACGUAUUUUCCUGAGACUUUCCCUAAAAUAUUAGGGAUUCACAGAUAAAAAACAAACGCUUUAUUUUCAUCUUGUACAUUUACGCAGGUUUAUUAUCUAACCAGCGUCGUUUUUGUAAAAGGAAAAAUUUUAAUAUAACGCUAAAAAAAACCUCAUUGAUGAUUUACUAAAAUCCCACAGAGUGUGUUAGCUUUCUGUUCAGUCAGGAUGCUAACUCUCGUGUUUGUUCAGCACAUUUCUCAAGCCUUAAACACGAAGGAACAUCAGCAGGUUAAGACGAAAACACGUCUCCGGUGUGUCUUUAUUCCACGAUUUUCUUGUCCCUGAAGUAUUAACCCCAAAAAUAACAUCGAGAUCGUUUUCUCCGUCUUCUGGAACUCCUUUCUCCAUUUUCCAAGUUUCACUCCUUUAUUCAUUCCUCUCACAGAUUUUAGAUUAUUUAUUUGAAUGUAAGGAAUCUGGGUUGAUUGUAUAGUUGGUGUUAUUUGAAAGCGCUUAAAUAAAUUCCUGUAUUUACAGAUUUUUUUUUUUGUUUGUUUGUUUGUUUUUGGUCAUCACUGAAUCUGAGUUCGGAAAUCAAUUGUUUGAUUUUUUUUUUUUUGAAAAUAAAUGUUUUAUUUUCUGGAACUGUUUGCUUUCUUGAUUUGUGAUCGAUUGAUUGAUCAGUCUUCAGGUUGAAAUGGACUUUUAUUCUGUGAAAAAAUCUCAGAGAAAGAUGAUUUGUGUGUCCUGGUCUGUACAUCCCGGCUUUAAAUGACAUGUCAUUUUCUGUAAUAUUUGUAAAUAAUAAAAUUUUUACAAUCGGGACGAUGUGAUGAUCUACGUCACUUCCAACGAAGGAAAAAAGCUCAGAGAUCUAAAGACAGGACCUGAAGAGAUGAUGAAUAAAAUAAAAAACCAUGAAGUA